ACUCCUAGUUAAAAGGGGAAGAAAAAUAACGAACGCGUGCUGGCGCAGCCGCCGCGGAAAAAAACUGGGUUUUGCUUUUGGAGCAUAAUACUAGGUCAUUGCUUUUCUUCCAUCAUCCAUCAGAAUUUCACUUCCUCCGCUUCCCUCUGUACGCUUUUGGUACUUCCUUCAGAAUUGCUUCUUCUCGCUUCCUCCCUGCAUUUUCUUUUCUUUCCUUGGCUGCUACAGAUUGCAAGUGGAAUUGUAGAGGAAUAUAGAGCAGAAUUGUUUUCAUGGCACUUCGUUUUGAGGUUCUAGGGAGGUUUAAUCGUGCUCGUGCUGCUCGACUGACACUCCCUCACUUUGUGUGCCAGACUCCUUUGUUUAUGCCUGUGGGUACUCAAGGGACAAUUAAAGGUUUGACAACUAACCAGCUUGAGGAGAUUGGUUGUCAAAUAAUCCUUGGAAAUACCUAUCAUUUGGCACUCCGUCCUACAUCCGAGCUGAUUGAUGAAUUAGGGGGUCUCCAUAAAUUUAUGAAUUGGCCUAGAGCGCUGCUUACAGAUUCUGGUGGCUUCCAGAUGGUAUCAUUAUUGCAUUUAGCUGAUAUCACAGAAAAGGGCGUGACGUUUCAGUCACCAGUUGAUGGAAAGCCAAUGCUUCUAACACCAGAGGAGUCGAUUCAAAUCCAAAACAGAAUUGGUGCAGAUAUUAUCAUGGCUCUUGAUGAUGUAGUAAGAACCACCAUCACUGGUCCAAGGAUUGAGGAGGCCAUGUAUCGUACUCUUCGAUGGAUAGACAGAUGUAUAGCAGCACACAAAAGACCAAAUGAGCAAAAUUUAUUUGGUAUUGUUCAAGGUGGUUUAGAUCCUGUGUUAAGGGAUAUCUGUGUUAGAGGCUUGGUAGAUCGGAAUUUACCUGGCUAUGCAAUCGGUGGUCUUGCAGGUGGUGAAGAUAAAGAUUCAUUUUGGCGUGUUGUUGCUCAAUGUACUGCUGCAUUGCCUGAAGAUAAACCACGAUAUGUAAUGGGUGUUGGUUAUCCUCUGGAUAUUGUUGUUUGCAGUGCUUUAGGUGCUGACAUGUAUGACUGUGUGUACCCUACUCGUACUGCUCGUUUUGGCACAGCUCUUGUACCAGAGGGAGUGCUGAAGCUAAAACACAGUGCGAUGGCUGAUGAUACACGCGCCAUUGAUCCUACAUGUGCUUGCAUGGUUUGCAAGAACUAUACAAGGGCCUACAUACAUUGCCUUGUGACAAAAGAUGCCAUGGGAUCGCAGCUUCUGUCAUAUCACAAUUUGUAUUACAUGAUGAAGCUUAGCAGAGAUCUACACUCAUCAAUUAUUGAGGGAAGAUUUCCAAAGUUUGUCUGUGACUUCCUCCAGAAAAUGGUGCUUCUUGCACUUAAUACCAUGUUUGUGAUUUUGUGUGCAUGUGUUGUCCAGAAAGAGUGGGAAUGGAAAGGAAGAUCCAUCAUCUGUAAAUUGUUAGCUGUGCAGAAUAAUCUAUGGUUUUCUCUUUCGGGCUCCAUCAAAUUAAUUUGCAUAAAAUUGACGGAUAACCUAAAUACAUACGAUGUUGCUCAGCAUAAUUUUUGUGUUUUUUGAGCUGCUCUCUGAUUUUGAUGUUUUGACACACUACUUUUCCUGUGCUCCGCAAAAGUCAAAUAUGGAAUGACCUUUGUUAGUGGAGUUAAGUUGAUGAACUGCUUUUUCACUAAUUCUAUCUGCCUUUCUGUAACUUGGUAUAUAUCUAUUGCUACACCAUGCCAGUUUCUUACACAUGCAAUUGUUGAAGCUGCCACAUUGGCUUUAGCAUUGUUAGUAGAAGUGGUGGCUUGUCCUGGGGCAAGUUACCAUGAAAAGAAUAAGUGCUGAAGAUACCACAUGAUGCUAUGUAUUGGUGUAUAAGCCUUGACUGUUGAUGUUGUUAUCGCCUUGCAGUUUCCCAAAGGUGAUGUCCCUGAGUGGGUCUGCAAUGCCAUGGAGGUUGCUGGAAUUGAUAUCUCAUCCUGCUGUGCUCCAUUCACUUCUCCCCAAGAUCAGAAUUAUAAAAGAGGAUACCAGCCAAGAAGCGGGCUUCUACAAAUUUUGACUGGAAAAGAGACUGAAAUUGAAGAAUUCAAUUAGGAGACAUCAAAAUACAGCAUAAAUUUUUAUCUCACAUACGGUUUCCAUACGAACCAUAACAAAUUUAGGAGUAAACAUUUGUAAUUGAUUUUUUUGUUGCGCAUUGCAAUGAAUUUUAUUUUUGGUUAUCGUUUCAUUCUAAUUAAGCUUGUAAUUUGAAAAGGUUUUCUUACA